GAGCUCAUUGGUUCAUGUCUCUGUCAGUCACAUGGGCCCGGACAUGGCGGUCGCAGGCAGCUGGCAGCCUCCCCGGCCGUGCGAGGUCUACCGCGCCGAGUGGGAGCUCUGCCGCAGCGCCGGGCACGUCCUACACCACUACUACGUCCACGGCGAGCGGCCGGAUUGCAGGCAGUGGCUGCGCGACUUGACUAGCUGCCGCGAGUGGGAGGAGAGCCGCAGCGCAGAGGCCCAGCGAUCCCUCUGUGAGAGCGAGCAGGCUCGGGUCCAGGCCGCUCAGAAGCACACCCUGGUAUGGGCCUUGAGGCAGAGGCCCCCUGCAGACUGGAACCUCCCUCUACCACAGGAGAAGGACAAGUGACAAGCAACUGCAACCCUGCCCUUGACACCCAGACUUUGGCUCUUACUUGACCUGGGACACAGAGCUAGGCAUUUCCAGCUCUAACCGCCUACUGACAACUGGAUCCGGGCCUCUCAUCACUGUGAUUCUCUGACAUCUCAGACAUCUGUGGCCACAUGCGGGAAGUCGAGCACUGAGGCAGGUGUCUGUGAGCAGUCGGGCGGAUGCAGCCUGUCCAUGCCACCUCCCCUGAGCACAUCCACACCAGAGGUGGCAGUCCUGAGGUAUGAAAAUCUCAAGUACACAGUGGCAGCCCUGACCUAUGUGGAUCCGGGGCACAGUGGUCAGAAUAAGGUUGCCGGACUACAUUCUUCUGACUGAGUGACCCUCCUUGGCCAUGAGAUAUGGACUGCAAUGUCUUGUUUAGUGAUUAUUAUGUUAUGCAACUACCGAGUUCAUACUUGCUCAGCUUCCCUGGAGACACAGGAGACUGCACCAGCACCUUUCCUGGUUUUGCAGACUUUAAAACAGAGAGAAAUACACACAGCAUUGUAGGAACCAAGGAGUCUGGAAUCAAGAAAUCCAAGCCCCAAGGCAGAGACAGAGUUCAGGUCCAAGGAAUAUGGGAUUUAGGCCUCUUGAUUUCUCCCCAUUGUUAAUGUAUUUUUAAAAAGCUGUUUCAUAUGUUUGAUUCCAAAAGCAAUCUGAAAAUUAAAGCCAUGUUACACUUUG